AUGGACCUCGAGACAGGCGAGCCGCCGAAACUGUACGGCGUCAACCUUCAUCCACCGGCACCGUUCGACUUCGCGAACCCGGCAACAUGGUCGACAUGGCUCAGCCGCUACGAAGACUUCACCGCGGUUUCAGGACUGACAAAAGCGUCGGAAGACGUGCAGGUACGCUCGCUACUGUACUGCAUGGGCCCGGAGGCACGUCCGCUCCUCGAGACGUUCUCGCUCGACGCCGAGUCGCUCGCCUCGUACCAAGUUGUCGCCGCGCGCUUCACUGAGCACUUCGUGCACCCGGCCAACGAGCUCUACGAGUCGUCGCGGUUCCACAGGCGUGUUCAGCUACCCGGCGAAAGCGUCGACACGUACUACGCGGAACUGUGUAGAAUGGUGAAGCGCUGCAACUACCAGUCAGCUGCUGUCGAGGAAAGGCUCGUACGCGACCGGUUCGUCGUCGGCAUCCGCGACUCUCGCCUCUCGGAUCAUCUGUGCCGAAACUCGAAGCUGACGCUCAAGGAGGCAUGGACACAAGCCCGUCAGUCCGAAGACGCCGACAAAGAGAAGGAGUUGACCCAGAACCGCACCGAGCACGCACGCGAGCUCAACCUCGACGCCGCGAAAGCCAGCAAGUUCGCCUCUCGUCGCCGCUCCAGAGCUAAGCCUACUACGUCGCAGCCGCCAGCCGAGUGCGCUCGCGAGCCGUCCAUAUGUGAAUUCUGCGGCCGCGCGCCUCACCGACGUUCGGACUGCCCGGCUCGACGCUCCGCCUGCAACUUCUGCAAAAAGAAAGGCCACUUCACCGAAGUUUGCCGCUUGCGGAAGCACCAGCAGAACAAGCUCGGCUCCGUUCACCUGCAUGCCGUGGGCACGCCCGCCGCUGCAAAGUUCGUCGACGUUACCGUUGACAACUACACAGCGCAGUUCAAAGUCGACUCCGGCGCCGAAGUAUCCGCUGUACCCAGUGACUUCCCUACGCUGCCUGCCAAGCUCGACAAAGUCGACAGUCUGCUCACCGGCCCUGGAGGACAGCCACUUCGCGUGCUAGGCUCGUAUCUGACUCCCAAAGCAACGCUGCACGCCGACCUCUUCAAAGGAUUGGGCACUCUCAAGGACGAAUACGUUAUUCGGCUGAAACCCGAUGCCGUGCCCUUCUCGCUAAGCGUCCCCCGCAGGAUCCCCAUCCCGCUGCUCGAGGUCGUCCGCCGCGAGCUGGACAAAUUGGAAAGCGCGGGAGUGAUCCGCAGGAUCGACAAGCCAACUCCAUGGUGCUCUGGCCUCGUUGUCGUCAGGAAAGACGAUGGUUCUUACCGGCUAUGCGUCGACUUGACUCAACUCAACAAAGUCGUCCUCCGUGAACGGCAUAUUUUGCCAACGGUUGAGCAAGUCCUUGGCCUCCUUGGUGACGCAACAGUUUUUUCAAGGCUGGAUGCGACCGCAAGCUUCCACCAGGUGAAGCUUUCUGCCGAUUCCCAAGAGCUGACGACAUUCAUCACCCCAUACGGCCGAUACUGCUUUUGCCGGCUCCCCUUUGGCAUCACCUCCGCUCCCGAGUACUUCCAGAAACAGAUGGCAAGAAUCCUGGAGGGCCAAGAAGGGGUCGCCAACAUGAUAGAUGACAUUCUGGUUUUUGGACGCACCCGCCAGGAGCAUGACGCCAGACUGAGCCAGGUGCUAUCUCGUCUUGCAAAAGCAGGCAUCACGUUGAACGAGGACAAGUGUCGCUUUGGGGUAUCUGAGGUCUCCUUCCUUGGUGUUGUCGUCUCAGCUAAGGGUAUCAGGCCGGAUCCAAGCAAGGUUGAAGCGGUCAAAGCUAUGCAAGCUCCCACAGACGUCGCGGGUGUUAGACGACUGCUUGGAAUGGUGAAUCAUCUCGCCAGAUUCCUGCCACACAUCUCGGACGUCACAGCACCCAUCAGAGCCUUGCUGAACAAGUCUGCGAGUUGGGUGUGGCAGCAUGAGCAAGAGGCAGCAUUCAAGAAGGUCAAAGAACUCUUGACGUCAGACAGGUGCAUGGCCAAGUACCACCCGUCGUUCGACGAGUUUGUCCGUGGCAUCACCUUCGACGUCGAGACCGACCACCUGCCUCUCGUCUCACUUCUGGGCAAGAUGGAACUCGAUAUGUUGCCGCCUCGUAUUCAGAGACUACGGCUCAAGACAAGGCAGUACCAGUUUCGCAUGCUGCACGUGCCAGGAAAACUGCUAGCAACAGCAGAUGCCUUAUCACGUAUCACCCACAAGGCAUCCACUCCUGUAGACACGGUGGAACUCUUCGCAGCACAAGUAGUCGGCUGCAUGUCAGAAGUCUUGCCACUCCGCCCUGAAGAUGUACGACAGGCACAAGAAUCCGAUGCAGAGUGCAAGGCCCUCAUCUCCUUCUGCCAGCAAGGUUGGCCACGAAAGACCAAGCUACCUCUGCAUGUGUCGAAGUAUGCCUCUGUGGCGGACGAGCUCUCUGUCUGCGACGGUAUCCUGCUGAAAGGCCCCCGGAUUGUCAUCCCAUCGUCCCUUCGGCCAGCGGUCUUGACGCUGUUGCACGAAGGCCAUCAGGGCAUCAACAGAACCAAAGCCCUAGCUCGGGAGUCAGUUUGGUGGCCGGGUAUCUCAGCAGACAUCGCCUCUCUCAUCGCCAACUGCGAACAGUGCGCUUCCACCCGGGUGAACCUUGCAGAACCCCUAGUCUCCACAGCUCUACCUGGACGUCCCUGGGAAUUUCUCGGAAUGGACUUGUUCCAUCUCAAUGGCCAGACGUUCCUCCUGGUGGUGGACUACUACUCGAGGUUUCCCGAGGUGGUGACCCUGAGAAGCACCACAGCUCGGGCAGUCAUCGAUGCUCUCAAAAGCAUCUUCGCACGCCACGGAAUCCCACAAGACGUCAGGUCGGACAACGGCCCACCAUUCUCGUCGCAAGAGUUUGCGGCAUUUGCAACGUCUUAUGGCUUCAACCAUACGACCAGUAGCCCACACUACGCCCAGUCAAACGGAGAGGCAGAGAGGAUGGUACGGACAGUCAAGGACCUGUUCCGCAAGUCUAAAGACCCUCACCUCGCUCUGCUCAAUUAUCGGGACACUCCGGGAGUCGAUGGCUUCAGUCCAGCCCAGCUGUUGAUGGGACGUCAGCUGAGAACCAGAGUCCCGAAGCAAAACUCCCAGCUACAUCCCAUCUGGCCGCCUAGGAAAGAUGUCGUCGCCAAGGAUGUAGCCUACAAGCGUAAGCAGACCGACGACUACAAUAGGCAUCACAGAGCUCGAGACCUGCCACCUCUCCAAACGGGUCAGCGUGUGUGGGUGCGCCCUGAUCAAGUGCAAGCUACGGUCCUCAGCCCGGGGCAAAGGCCAAGAAGCUACGUGGUUGAAACAGACCAAGGUGGUGUUCUACAGCGCAACCGCCGUCACCUAGUGCCUUUCAUGCCUUCUGCCUCCAGUGGGGAAUCGCUGCCGACAGCUGCACAGCAACCAUCACCACUGCAGCAAGUUCCCCUUCAGGAACCUCAGCCUGCCAACAGCGUGGAACCUGCGAUUUGUAGUUGA